AUGUUCAUGCGUAACGGAUGGGUCUCGGAUGCCCUAUUCCCGCUCAACGGAACGAACAUAUCCGAUUGCGCCAACUACGUUUAUCUGGGUCGGGAAUUGAACAUGAUGAACGACCUGGCUACUGAGCUAGGCAGGAGGAGACGAGCGGCUUGGGGAGUGUGUAAGAGCAUCGAGGAUGUAGUGAAGAAGACCAAGAACACACGGCUCCGUGCUCACCUCUUCAACACCACCGUAUUUCCUGCUUUGACCUAUGGUUCGCAAACCUGGGCAUUUCGCAAGCAGGAAGAAAACGCGGUGAACGCCCAAUUGAGAGAGCGGUGA